AGAGAGAGAGAGAGAGAGACAUUUCUCCCCCACCUCACUCCACCACUGCUGUGCCGGCAGCCUGUGAGCUUGGACCGGCGGGAGACCGUGGUCCUGGUGAUUUCUCUGUAUCUCUGACCAGUUGCACUGAAGCAGAGAUCUCGGCUGCCUGCUGCCUGCUGCGCUGCCAGAGGUGCCCACACUCACACCUCUCUUCAGGAUAACAGCAUCUUGCUCACACUGUCACACGGUGCCGCGUCGCAGAAUUCCUCCGGCGCGUUACAUUUCGUGAACCGAAUGGCGGGAAUAGAUGCUCGCCUGCUGAUGAGAACAGGCAUGCCGACCACCGAGGCGACCAACACGGUCGUCGGCACCGGACUGCUGGGCUCGACGCGCGCACAGUGGAACAUAAGUUCGGUCAGUGCGCAUCGGCUGAUGCAUUUUCCUCCUGUCUCCACGGCUGAGUCGCUGGUUCCCAGACACCCCUUCCCCACGGUGGACGUUCCGGAUCACGCCCAUUACACCAUCGGUAUCGUCAUCCUGGUGGUCGGCAUCACGGGCAUGCUGGGAAACUUCCUCGUCAUCUACGCCUUCUGCAGGAGUCGGAGUCUGCGUACGCCAGCCAACAUGUUCAUCAUUAACCUGGCCGUCACAGACCUCCUCAUGUGUGUGACCCAGACCCCCAUCUUCUUCACCACCAGCAUGCACAAGCGCUGGAUCUUUGGCGAGAAAGGUUGCGAGCUGUAUGCGUUCUGCGGCGCUCUGUUUGGCAUCUGCAGCAUGAUCACCCUGAUGGCCAUUGCCGUGGACCGCUACGUGGUCAUCACCCGGCCCCUAGCCUCCCUAGGGGUCAUGUCUCGACGGAGGGCCCUGUGUAUCCUGGCUGGGGCCUGGGCUUACUCCAUGGGCUGGAGCCUGCCCCCCUUCUUCGGCUGGAGUGCCUAUGUGCCAGAGGGCCUGUUGACGUCUUGCUCGUGGGACUACAUGACGUUCACGCCCUCCGUGCGCUCAUACACCAUGCUGCUCUUCACCUUUGUCUUCUUCAUCCCCCUCUUCAUCAUCAUCUUCUGCUACAGCUGCAUUUUUAGAGCCAUCCGACACACUACGCGGGCUGUAUGCAAGAUCAACGGGGUUGGAGCCAGGGAUUCCAUCAAGAGGAUGCAUAAGAUGAAGGGUGAAUGGAAAAUGGCCAAGAUCGCUCUGAUCGUCAUCAUGCUCUACGUCAUCUCCUGGGCCCCCUACUCCUGCGUGGCCCUCACCGCCUUCGCAGGGUACGCUGAUAUGCUGACUCCCUACAUGAACUCCGUCCCGGCGGUCAUCGCUAAGGCCUCCGCCAUCCACAACCCAAUCAUCUACGCCAUCACACACCCAAAAUACAGGGCAGCCAUCGGUAGGUAUGUUCCCUACCUGGCCUUCCUGCUGUGUGUGCCGCCCAGGGACCGCUUCACCAGCAGCAGCUUCCAAUCCACCCGCCGAUCCACAGUCACCAGCCAAUCCUCUGACCGCCCCAACAAGGCCCGCCUCUCCUCGCAGUCCGACAGCGAAUCGGGUGGCUUCUCGGACACGGAGGCGGACCCCUCGAUGCGGCUGCCCGUGAGCCAUCAGUACUCCAGCGACAGCAAACAAGUGCGACACAGCAGCCAGAGCUCAAAGGUCAGGAUUCGAGACUCAGGGGUCUUCGAGAGAGCAGCCGUCCACAGCCCGACCGAUCCCUCGAUAUGCCACCUCUCUCUGAUCAGUACCCAGACAGAUUUGGAGGACAUCUCCAUGUCUGACUUCAGUGUCAAGUCCGUCACGCUACCAGCAAAUGUAAGCCCAGUUCUGUGUCUUUCUAAAUCCUCUUCCCGCCGCCACUCUGACGAUUCAACCUCAAGUUGAGGUUGAAUCGCCACCAUUGUCACCAUGACCAAUUGUCGCGACGACAAUAGCAGAAGGACAGUGGUGAUGGGGGGGCAACCUCUGGCGGUUGUCGGGAUCCAUUUGGAUUCACUUUAUUGGGAUCCGACGCGGCAAGCAAGACCAAUUUAUGCAGUAAAGUAUUUAAAAGAA